AUGCCGACAAUUCAAACAAGUAGCCGGUCCGCAAACACCGCUUUGAAACAGCCAAAAGAACUUUUCUCAUAUUCGAGAACUGUUGGCGGAACUUGGAACUUUGAUGAGGAAGUCUCCAAAGAAGAGGCCAUCAGCUAUUUCUACUUCCCCGAUUCGGAUGUCAACAAAAAGAUCAAUCUUUCUGAUGGAUUGCAAAACUUUCAGAAAAUUCCAGACAUGUUAAACGUGGCUGACUUUCCAUCAUAUCUCCGAAGCAUCCAAAACCAUGAACAGGAAACUGGAAAGAAGAUAAAGGCAGAUAUAAUCACCUUCAGAGGAAUAAUGACAAAACUUCUCACACUUCCUUACAAUCUGAAUUCUCCUAUCGACAUGUAUGCAAUUGCAUAUGAUGGCCAAAUAUUCUUGAAGAAUAACGAUGAGCUUGACCAAUCACGAAGAGAUAAGGAGCAAGAAGAACUUUCAAGUAACCCUCAAAAGAAGGAACAUCUUGAACGUUGCGAAUACGUUGGAUACAAAUUCGAGACUAUAACCACGCUUCCUAAACCAUGGGCACAAUGUAGUCGUCCUAUGAUUGAGAAAAGGCCUAAGAAAGUGGUCAAUAACUACGAACAAUACAUAUCAGUGGUGAGAUCAGGAAUUGGAAAGGUGAAAACAGUUCUUGCAGGCGAGGUGGACUGUAUUUGGGACUUUCUCCCUGAGGGUGGUGAAAACAUUCUUCCUCAUUAUGCGGAACUCAAGACCAGUCGCGUGGUAGACACUCCCCAUCAUGCAAUGCAGUUCGAAAAGAAAUUGUUCAGAACUUGGGCCCAAUGUUUCUUGAUUGGUAUCAAGAGGGUUGUGUAUGGGUUUCGUGAUGAUCAAUACAUUUUGAAGGAUGUUGAGGUCUACGACACAGAAGAGAUUCCACUUCUUAUUAAGGACAACGAGAUUCCUCGCAGUAACAAUCCAAGGAUUUUAUGUAUAGAGGCUCUUAAAUGGUACGGUGCACUUUUGGAGUGGUUGGUACAGAGCAUCGAUAGAAAUAACGAGCAAGUGGCUUACAAGAUUAGGUAUGUUCCUGGUCAGAAUCAGGUCCAAUUGAGCGAGUGCUCCAAAGAAGAGAACGAGAAACUACGUAAUGGGGCCAUUUUGUCUGAGGAGUUCAAGCAAUGGCGUGACAGCAUAAGGCAAACGUGA